AUGUUGGCAUUCAAGGAUGCCGUCAAGACAGCUAUUCCUGAGGCAAGAAACGGUCCCAUUUUUGGUAAAAAGGAAGCAGUAUCAAUGACUAUUAAGUUCUAUCUGAAGCGUCCCAACAGUGAUUUUGUUAGAGGAAUCCGCAAUGCCGGUGCAUUGAAGGCAUGUUUCCAUGGCCUAUUCUCAGCGGCCCUCAUUCGGCCCGACAUCGACAAUCUAUGCAAGUUUGUUUUGGAUUCCUGCAAUGGUAUUCUCUACUACGAUGAUUUCCAGGUGGUCAAGUUGGUAGCUUUGAAGUUGCGAGACAACACUGGUAAUUGUAUGGGAAGGACUGUGAUUGAGAUUGCACCGUUCCAGAAUCAUGAAGCCCUAUGA